AUGGCACAAGACGGAAAAGGGCCGUUUGAUCCGACAAUUGUCAAUGAGCAGUAUUAUCAUGGUAUGAUUUGUCACGCCAUUUUGUAUAUUUUAUCAAACUUAUCAAUUUUGGUACUGUAUUUAGCCAUUUUGGUACGAUUUGAAGCUUUCUGGUACCAUUUUUGAUUGUUCAGUACUAUUUUAAAAUUUUUGGAUAAAAAUAGUCAUAGUAUAGCUAAUACAUGGAAAUGGUGAUAUAAUGUUGUAGGCUUACUUCCUCGAGAAGACAUCAAGGCUAUGUUAAAGACGAAUGGCGAGUUCCUUCUUCGAACCAGUGAACCGUCCAAAGAAGCGACCAGAUCCUACAUCCUGUCAGUUAUGGUCGAUGAAUCUAAAGAGGACCUUGGUGUAGGUUCAUUUUGAAGUUUAAAACAUAAUUUUCCGUAUAAAAUGAUCUGAAAUGGCCUUUUUUAUCGAAAACAAGAUUUUUUGGCUCUUUUUUGCUUGAUUUAGGGUCAAAAAUGACAUUUUUAAUGGAAUAUAGAUACGAAAAUUGAGAGUUAAUGUCUUUCUUGAUAUGGUAAAUGUAUAAACUAACAUAACAAUGCUUUAGAUCAAGCACUACGUCAUUCAGAACCACCAGAACCGCUGGUCCAUCGAGAAGUACGGCUUCGACAGCAUCAAGGCCAUGAUCGACCACCACGUGACCAAGGCCGACUCCGUCUCCAAGACCAACGCCAACGUGAUUCUGAAGACUCCGGUGGUACGACAGGGCUGGGAACUGUCCCACUCGGACAUAGCCACCACCAAGAAGCUGGGCGAGGGAGCCUUUGGUGAGGUCCACAAGGGUACCUACAAGCAGAAGGACGGCACCACCGUGAACGUGGCCAUCAAGCUGGCCAAGCUCGAGGCCCUCACGAAGGAACAGAUCAAGGAGAUCAUGCGCGAGGCCCGUCUGAUGCGCAACUUUGAUCACGUCAACGUGGUCAAGUUCUACGGAGUCGCGGCCGGAAUGGAGCCCUUGAUGGUACUGAUGGAGCUGGCUGACAACGGAAGUUUGGAUGGAUUCCUCCAGAAGAACGAGCAACCGGUCGAGAAGAAGAACGAGAUGUGCAUGCAGUCAGCCUGGGGCAUCGAGUAUCUGCACAUGAAGAACGUGAUCCACCGUGACAUUGCGGCCAGGAACUGCUUGUACGGUGGAGGUCAGGUCAAGAUCAGUGACUUUGGGCUGACUCGGGAAGGCACGGUGUACCAGAUGGACCCACACAAGAGAGUACCAAUCAGAUGGUGGGUUCGGUUAGCUUGGUUUUGCAUUUCAAAUUUUUGAAAUUUGAGUUAAAAAUAUGGUUUUCAUGGUUAAUAUCGGAGUUUUAUGGCUUGAAAUUGAUCUUUAAUUGAUAUGAUGGUAGAGUUUGUGUUGCUUUUCUUUUAGAAUUGAAUGUUUUAUGAUAUGUUACCUUACUUUCUUAACGUCUUAUGUUGAUUUACCUUCAGGCUGGCCCCAGAAACCCUUCGAAUGUUCAUUUACACCCAGAAAACGGAUGUUUGGGCCUAUGGAAUUAUGUGUUGGGAGAUUUAUUCGAAUGGAAUUGAGCCCUACCCAGGAAUGACUCCCGGCGAGACGUUUAUGAAGGUAAGUUUUUGUUGAUUUUGGGCUUGCUUUAGGCAUUUUUGCUCUAUGUUUAGGGGUUGUUGGGGUAGGUUUUGGUCUUUUUUUGUCAUUCUUUGCCUGUUUUUGCUGAUUUUUUGAGUUUUUUUGUGCUUUUUACCUUUUAAAAUGAGUUUGAAAACAACCUCAUUUUAGGUAAGAGACGAGCAGUACCGUAUGCCUCUGCCAGCCUGUUGUCCACCCGAGAUGAGCAAGUUCAUCAUGAAUAAAACUUGGGCCGAAAGUCCGAACGAUCGCUUCUCCAUGGCAGAAUUGACCCACAAAAUGGAGUUGUGGCUGAAAAUGCCACGCCCAAUCCAACCCAGCAAAAUAGACACCACGCCGGGCGGUGGAACACCCGGCCUGACCGUAAGAGAUAAGAAGGACAAGAAGAAGAAGCAAAGAACCAAAUAG